AAGCUAAGAGAUUAACUAAAAGAUAUAAACCAAAGACAGAAACUCAUCUGGACAACAACAUGGAGUCAUCAUCCUCAUCAACGUUUCUCACCACCACAAGCUUAGAUCAGAGAAACCCAUCUCUGGUUUCAAGAAAACCACCAAAGCAAAAGAAGAAGACGAGUUCAACCAACAAACACAUCAAAGUGCGUUACAUAUCAAAUCCCAUGAGAGUCAAAACUUGUGCGUCCAAAUUCAGAGAGCUCGUGCAAGAACUCACCGGCCAAGACGCCGUCGAUCUUCAACUGGAGCCCGUGUUUCCCCCCUCCGCUUUAUCCGACCACAGCCCUUCUCUGCCGCCGCCGGAGAAUCUUGACUUACGUGUUCUUCAGCAGGAGCCGUUCGAUGAUCAGGUGACUGACUACUAUGAGCCGUUGGAUGGGGAAGAUAUGUUUUUGCCUCAUAUGUCGGCAGGUUUCUCCGGGUUGUUCUCUAAUGGCUUUUACAAUGUUAAUGACUUUAGAAGAAUCGAUUCUGUGUAAAAAUCUUCGGAGUUCUCAGGGGUUUCAUCAAGUAUAUAUAUAUAUAAAUUAUUAAAUAGGUAUAUGAAAUUCAACAGAGUUGCAUAUAUUAACUACUAGGGUUUAUGUAACGACCUAUAUGAUUUAACUCAUUUUGUGAAAAGUUUUUGAAUGGAUCUUUCGAUCAGUUAUAUUUUUAUUAGUUUCUUUGAUAUGUUUGUUGUCUUUCAUCACAUCUUCGAAGUGUAUGAAUUAGAAAAAUAUCAAUUUAUUUCCAAA